AUGGAACCCGAUGCCUUUCCAGACUGCUUCAAUGAGCCAGUCUAUUCCGGCGGCCAUAAUAAACGCCAGAAGCUCGGCACGAGCGAUCACGACUCUUUGACAGGACUAUACAAUGACGCCUCCGGAGCCUCGUCAGCGAUGCCCUACGACCCGUUCGGAGACGAUAUCCCGUGGAACAAUGACCCGACAGACUACUUCUUCUCGGCAGCUCCAAAUUGGACGAGUACCGCAUGGGAGACACAGUCGGGGACCCAAACCAUGCUCCCAGUUCCGUCGAUUUAUGCUUCGGAGAGCUUUCCAAUUGACCUUGGAGCACCCAUUUCGAGUGAUGAAGGCCACAAUGACUUUUCUUUCCUCGACGACCAGUCUGGAGAACAUCAGGCUGGCCCUCAGGAGACAGACCAGAUCAAUCAUGAUACACCCUUUCCCAGUGAGUCGCUGGACUGCUAUGGAAUGCUGACGAAAAUCCCAAUACUCUCCCACCGGACCGGCCUUUCCACAGUAGCAUCUUCGUCACUGGACCUGCACUUCGAACCACCCAACUCACUGGUCCUCUCAUCCGCGGGUAGAGAAUUCGGCUGUCUCGAAGAGCGAACCGCAGAGAUUCUGGCCACUCUGGCAGCCCAAUCCCGCAUCACAUUCCAGAUGUACGGCUAUGCCACCAAACGACGAGCAAACACUAAACCUGCUAAAGGUACAAAAAGUGGCCAGAACGACCUUCAAUACCUCUUGAAUACGAUCAUCUAUGGGCCCAGAGAGUUUGGUCAGGGGGUUGGUGACUAUCUGGUGAAGUGCAAGAUGUUCCUCCAAGAUCCCCUGCAGUGUGAUCGAGAUGUCCCUUAUCUCAACCCGCACCUGUUAUCACGUUCCGAGGAGGUGGUCAUGACUUCGUCGCUGAAAGUCCCAGCAAGCGAAUCGUUGGCGACCCAGGAGGUCGUGGCUGUGGACGUUACAAGUGAUCUCUUCAGUCAAAAUUGUGACGACUCCCAUCUUCAACUCACCGAUCCACCUGACCUGCUUCGUACUGGACUUUAUAAACACCAAAAGAAGGCCUUGACAUUCAUGAACCAGAGAGAGCAGGCUUGGUCGUUCGAAGAUUCCCCAGACAGUUUGUGGGUAAAGGAGGUGGAUGAUAUGGGAAACCUGAUAUACACCAACUUGGUCACCGAACAGUCCCAGCGGUACGAGCCUUCAGAGUCCAGAGGCGGCCUUUUGGCCGAUCAAAUGGGCCUGGGGAAAACAUUGACCAUGAUCUCGCUGAUUGCACUGAAUCCUGCUCAGCUUACUUCGUCGCUUGUAUUUACGGCCCACGGAACAAUCCGUCGCGUCAAGUCGACAUUGAUUGUCGUCCCAUUCUCUCUGUUGGACACUUGGGACACUCAACUAGAACGCCAUCUCAAACCGAACACCUUGUCCUGGUUCGCGUUUCACGGCUCCCAGAAGCGCAAACUGCUGUCCUUGGGCGGCUAUGAUAUCGUCAUCACUACCUAUGAAACGCUCAUGGGGCAGCUAAAGAAGCACAACGACCCCAAGCGGACCGGUAGUACAUUGUUUUACUUCGCCUGGCAUCGCAUUGUGCUUGACGAAGCCCACGUCAUCCGCAAUCGGUCUACCGCCAUUGCACAAGCCUGCUGUGCUCUUCGAGCAAGUCGACGGUGGGCAAUGACCGGGACACCGAUCCAGAACAAGCCAAAUGAUCUCGGAAGCCUUCUCGAGUUCCUCCAUCUUGAGCCCUUCCGAGAUCCAAAGAUCUUUGAAACGACAGUGGUCAAGCCCUGGUUGAAGUCGGCUGACAAAGACACGUCUCGGCUCAAGAAAUUGAUCAGAUAUCUGUCUCUGUGUCGCACGAAGGCGAUCAUCGACCUCCCUCAUCGAAAAGACAUGAUCAAAUACGUUGACCUCGGACCCGACGAAGCAGAUCUCUAUGAAUCAGCCAAGAACCGCACUGUCCAGAAGCUCGACGAAGCCCUCUCCGUCAACCCCAUCACCCCAGGCGUGUAUCUCAACGCGUUGGAAUGGCUAAAUGAGCUCCGUCUCAUCUGCAACCAUGGAUUGAUGCAUUCAAAAAGAGAAGCGCACAAGACUCCCACGGUCGUGUCUUCGGAUGGACCAUGGAACAAGUCCAUGGCGAAGAAGGCUUUCGCGACCUUGGUCGACGCCGGCUCAGCGAUUUGCAAACUGUGCGACGCCAACCUGGCGGCCGGGGCCGGCGAGGCCGACAGCUUCGAGCAUUCCAAGCCCUCACUGUCCAAAUGCCUGACCGUCGUCUGCGGCUUGUGUAUUCAAAACCGUUUGAAUGGCGAGAAAGUUCCCGGGUGUGGCUGCCACCCAGUCUGCCCCAAGGCCGAAGUGUCCUGGGCCCCAGAAUCCUCGAACAAAUCGCUCGAGGCUAGGCUUCCGUCAAUAGAGGAAGGGAAGGUUUCGACCAAGCUGAAAACACUUCUGAAAGACCUUCAGCAGUACGAGAAGGCGGAGAAGAGUGUGGUAUUCUCGUUCUGGACCUAUACGCUCGACCUCAUCGAGUCGUUACUGCGCCAACGUGGGACAAUCCCAUAUGCUAGAAUCGACGGCAGCCUUUCGAGAACUAGGCGUGAGCAGGAAAUCCAGCGGUUUCAGACCGACGACUCCGUCCGGGUCAUCUUAGUCUCUAUAAUUUGUGGUGGGACAGGCCUUGAUCUUACGGCUGCCUCGCGAGCAUAUCUGUUAGAGCCUCAGUGGAACCCAAUGAUCGAGGAGCAGGCUCUCUCGCGCAUCCAUCGCUUAGGCCAGACCAAGGAGGUGAACACGAUCAGAUAUCGUGUCCGUGGUUCGUUCGAAGAGAAAGUGGCCAUGGUCCAGGAUAUGAAGAGAGAUAUUGCCGCUGGUGCUUUUUCCAGCGAUUCGUAUGUGGGCGUGGUUAACAAGUCGAGUCAGCUCCAGGAGUUCCGAGAUGCCUUUGGAAGACCAGGGGAAUGA